AACAUGGAUGAUAAAUUUGUUGUUGAAGGGAAAGGCCAAUGAAAAGCACAACAAAUUACUAACUUGCAUUAUUAUCACGUCGAGGUUUCUGCUAGAGUUAUUGAUAUGCAAUUUCAAGAACUAAAUGCUCGUUUCACCGAGGUAAAUAGUGAGUUGUUACUUUGUGUGGCAUGUUUAAAUCCAUCCAACUGCUUCAAUGAUUUUGCAAAGGAGAAAUUGAUUCGUCUUGUCGAGUUUUAUCCAAAAGAAUUUUCUCCAGUAGAGCUCAUGAUUCUUUUUGAUCAGCUUGAUUCAUAUAUCUUUGAUGUGCAAUUGAAUGAGGAUUUUUCGAGGUUAAAUGGACUUAAUGAUCUUUCUAAGAAAAUGGUAGAGACCGGGAGAGAUAAACUAUAUCCUUUAGUUUACUUGCUCUUGAAAUUGGCAUUGAUCUUACCGGUUGCAACUGCUACUGAUGAAAGAGUGUUUUCUGCGAUGAACAUUGUGAAGAAUCGACUGCGGAAUCGAAUGAAUGAUUAGUGGUUGAAUAAUAGUUUGGUAGUGUACAUAGAAAGAGAUGUUUUUGAUGGGAUUGAAAACGAUACAA